AAAGACCGACGCCCCCCCCGGCGGCUGCCGCCGCGGGGGGGGGGGUGCCGCGAGGGAGACCGAGCUGGGGCGCGGGCGAAGGGCGAGGCAAGGCGCAUCUAAAUCGCUUAAAAAGCGCGAGCGCGAACGUACGCAACUAGCAAAGCGAGAGCGUUAAACGCAAUCCGGGAAAAGACAAGGGCAGGAGAUGCUGCUGGAUGAGGAAGACCGGGAGACAAACAUUGGCAGCGGCGCCUCGAGCGAGGCGCCCUCGGGCGACAGCUGCCACGACCCUCCCGCUGGCGCCCGGCCUCGUGGAGGGCCGGCCUUGCCCCGCGCGCCGCCGAGCUCGCCGACAACUCCGCGGCCACCGCGCUCCUCCUCUUGGGCCCCGGGAGAUCAGAAGCCCGAGUCGCCGAAGCACACAGCGAGCGCACCGACCUCGCCGCCGACCCCGCGGCCGCGCUCGUGGCCGACCACCGCCGCCCGAGGAGCAGAGGGCCGGGGCGCCGCGUCGUGCAGCGCGGGCCCCCGGGGAACCAAGGGCGCCUUUGCGCUGGACUCCGGGCGCGAGCUCUCUCCCGCUCGCGACGCGCGCCGGCGCGAUGCUGCGGCGUGCCACCUCCUUCUCCU